AUGACAAAUUCCAAUUCUGUUAAUUUCGCCGCCCCGAGAGGAUUUGCAGAGAGAUUCAACAAAGAUAUCAAGGAAACCCUAUUCCCUGAUGAUCCCUUUAAGAAGAUCAAGGAGAAGAAUAGUUCAUGGUCUAGAACCAAAGCCGGUUUGAAAUACUUUGUACCCAUAUUCGAUUGGCUACCAUUGUAUAAUCUAAGCUUGUUUAAAUACGAUCUUCUUGCCGGAAUCACCAUCGCUAGUCUCGCCAUUCCUCAAGGCAUAAGCUAUGCUAAGCUAGCCAACAUUCCCCCAAUCAUCGGCUUAUAUUCAAGCUUUGUACCACCGUUAAUUUACGCUGUAUUUGGAUCUUCAAAGCAUUUGGCUGUGGGGACUGUGGCGGCUUCUUCUUUGCUUAUAGGAUCGACUUUGGGAGAGAAAGUAUCGGCUACGGCUAACCCUAAGUUGUAUCUCGACCUGGUUUUCACCACCACGUUUGUAACCGGUAUUGUACAAACUGCCAUGGGUCUUCUAAGACUUGGGAUAUUGGUGGACUUUUUGUCGCACUCGACAAUCGUGGGGUUCAUGGGAGGAACCGCGACAAUUAUCUGCUUACAACAACUAAAGGGAAUUUUUGGAUUGAAACACUUUACGAGCAACACCGAUGUUAUAUCGGUUCUUACAUCAGUGAUCAAACAAAGAAAGGAGUGGAGAUGGGAAAGUAUCCUAGUUGGUGUUAUCUUUCUUGUGUUCCUUCAAUUGACAAGAUUUGUGAGACAAAAAAAACCAAAAUUGUUUUGGGUUUCAGCCAUAGGGCCGAUCAUAGUUGUCAUCGUCGGAUGUGCGUUUGCUUAUUUCGUUGACGCAGAGAAAUACGGCAUUCAAACUGUUGGUCCUUUAAAAAGGGGAUUAAAUCCAAUAUCUAUCCAACGUUUGAAUUUUGAUAUCAAAUACAUAUCAGGACCCAUAAGAGCAGGGUUUAUUACAGCAAUGAUCGCUUUAGCAGAAGGAAUAGCAAUUGGGAGGAGUUUUGCAACUAAGAACAAUCUACAAAUUGAUGGGAAUAAGGAGAUGAUAGCUUUUGGUUUAAUGAACCUGGUUGGAUCCUUUACUUCUUGUUACUUAACCACGGGUCCAUUUUCAAAGACAGCAGUGAAUUACAACGCGGGUUGUAGAACAGCAAUGUCGAAUGUGGUGAUGGCAAUAUUGAUGAUGCUAACAUUGUUAUUUCUAGCACCUCUGUUUAGCUACACACCUUUGGUGGCUCUUUCAGCCAUCAUCAUGUCUGCUAUGCUCAGUCUUAUAGACUAUGAAAAGGCUUAUCAUUUCUUCAAAAUCGAUAAAUUUGAUUUCCUCAUCUGCAUUGUGGGUUUCUUUGGCGUCGCCUUCCUUAGUAUGGACACCGGUCUCUGCCUCUCUAUUGGACUUGCCCUGAUUAGGUCACUUAUAUACAUAGCAAGGCCUGCCACAUGCAAGCUUGGGAACAUACCAGAUUCAAAUUUGUAUAGAGAUGUUGAACAAUAUCCUAAUGCUAUUGGAAUCCCUGGUUUUCUAAUCUUGCAACUUGGCUCCCCAAUCUACUUUGCUAACUGUAAUUACAUUAGAGAAAGAACUUUGAGAUGGCUUAGAGACGAAGAAGCACAUGAGAAUGUCAUCGAGCAAGUGGUGUUCGACUUGGGAGGAGUGUCGGUUAUCGACGUAUCUGGGGUGGAGACUCUAGAAGAAAUUGUAAAAGUCUUGCAUGGAAAAAAGAUCAAGGUUGCUUUGGUAAAUCCAAGAAUUGAGGUGCUAGAGAAAUUGAUAGUGAUGGAUUUCGUAGAUAAGUUUGGAAAAGAGAAUAUCUUUUUCUCGGUUGAAGAUGCGAUCGAGACAAUUAGAUUCACUCUCAAAGAAUCAGUUUGAUGACGACGAUAAAAUGACGAUCGCAAAAGCUAUAUAACUAGUUAUAUGUAUUUUUACUU